AUGACUGAACCAACUAAAGAACCUACCCAAGAAUCACAACCUAUCUUAGGGGAAGAUGGUAAACCUUUGAGUAAGAAAGCCUUAAAGAAAUUAGAAAAGGAACAAGAAAAAGCCCGUAAGAAAGCUGAAAGAGAAGAACAAUUAGCCAAAGAAAAAGCUGAAAGAGAAGCCAAAUUAGCUAAUGAUCCUGCUAAAGCUAACUAUGGAAAAUUACCUUUAAUCAAUAGUUCAUCAAGAAAGGGAGAAACCAGAGUUUUAUUCAAAGACUUAAAAGCUGACCAAGAUGGUGAAGAUGUUAUCUUCAGAGCCAGAUUACAUAAAUCAAGACAACAAGGAGCUACCAUGGUAUUUGUAACUUUAAGACAACAAGAUCAAUUGAUUCAAGGUUUAAUCAAAUCCAAUGCUGAAGAAACUAUCAGUAAACAAAUGGUCAAAUGGAGUGGAUCUAUCAAUUUGGAAUCCAUCGUAGUUGUUUAUGGUAAGAUCAAGAAAGUUGAUGAACUCAUCAAAUCCGCAACUGUUCAAGAUUUAGAAAUCAUGGUAGAAAAGAUUUAUACUAUCGCUGAAACUCCAGAACAAUUACCUUUAUUGAUUGAAGAUGCUUCUAGAAGUGAUAAGGAAGCUGAAGAAGCUGGUUUACCUGUUGUUAAUUUAGAUACCAGAUUAGAUGGUAGAGUUAUUGAUUUGAGAACUCCAACUAAUCAAGCUAUCUUUAAAAUCCAAGCAGGUAUCUGUAAACUUUUCAGAGAAUUCUUAGAUUCUAAAGGAUUUACUGAAAUCCAUACUCCUAAAAUGAUUGCUGCUCCAAGUGAAGGUGGUGGUAAUGUGUUUGAAGUUAGUUAUUUCAAAGGUAAAGCUUAUUUAGCUCAAAGUCCUCAAUUCUAUAAGCAACAAUUGAUUGCAUCAGAUUUUGAAAAAGUUUAUGAAAUAGCUCCUGUUUUCCGUGCUGAAAAUUCAAAUACUCACCGUCACAUGACUGAGUUUACUGGAUUAGAUUUAGAAAUGACUUUUGAAGAACAUUAUCAUGAAGUUUUAGAUCAUUUAGAAGAAUUAUUCAUUUACAUCUUCACUAACUUAAAGACCAGAUAUGGUAAUGAAAUUGCUACUGUUAGAAAACAAUAUCCUGUUGAAGAAUUCUUAUUACCAGAAGAUGGUAAGAUGGUCAGAUUACACUUUAAAGAUGGUAUUGAAAUGUUAAGAGCUGCUGGUAAAGAUGUUGGAGAUUUCGAUGAUUUAUCUACUGAAGAUGAAAAAUUCUUAGGUAAAUUGGUUAGAGAAAAGUACCAUACUGAUUUCUAUAUCUUAGAUAAAUUCCCAUUAGAAAUCAGACCUUUCUACACUAUGCCAGAUGCUGAAAAUCCUAAAUACUCCAAUUCUUACGAUUUCUUCAUGAGAGGUGAAGAAAUUUUAAGUGGAGCUCAACGUAUUCAUGAUCCUGUUUUAUUAGAACAAAGAAUCAAAGAACAUGAAGUUAACCCUAACAUCCCAGGUAUGAGAGAAUAUAUCGAUGCUUUUACCUAUGGAUGUGCCCCACAUGCUGGUGGAGGUAUUGGUUUAGAAAGAGUAUUAAUGUUCUUCUUAGAUUUAAAGAAUAUUAGAAGAGCCAGCUUAUUCCCAAGAGAUCCUAAAAGAUUAACUCCAUAG